AUGCUACGGUUGGGGGCUGCGCUAGUGACCCUGCUCUUACUUGUAACAGGUUCUCUUGGUCAGCUGAAUGUCUGUGGUCGUGCACCUUUAAACCCCCGUAUUGUGGGUGGAAAGAAUGCCAUUCCAGGUUCCUGGCCGUGGCAGGUUAGUUUACACAGAGGCUUUCAUUUCUGUGGAGGAUCCCUUAUUAACAAUAAAUGGGUUUUAACAGCAGCUCACUGCUUCGACGAUACAAACACUGAUGACCUGGUUGUUUACUUGGGAAGACAGACUCAGGACCAAUUAAAUCCCAACGAGAUCUCGAGGGGGGUUAUUGAGGUGAUCAAGCACCCCAAUUACAAUGACAUUACAAAGGACAACGACAUCACCCUGCUGCUCCUGGAUGCCCCUGUGGUCUUCACAGACUACAUCAGACCUGUGUGCCUUCCUUCUGAUCAGAGCGUUUUUACUGCUGGCACUAGAUGCUGGAUCACAGGCUGGGGAGACAUUGAAUCUGGGGUAUCGCUGCCUAAUCCAGGUGUGCUACAGCAAGCAGUAGUGCCUCUGGUUAGCAGAAAACUUUGUGACAAUCAACUGGGAGUUGGAUCUAUUACCAGAAACAUGAUGUGUGCUGGCUAUUUGGAAGGCGGCAGGGACACCUGCCAGGGUGACUCUGGUGGUCCAAUGGUGACGAAAAUGGGUGCAACCUGGAUUCAACCUGGGGUUACUAGCUGGGGAAAAGGCUGUGCCUGGAAAAACUAUCCUGGUGUGUAUACAAAUGUGGCCAGGUACCAGACCUGGAUAACUGGCAUAAUUAAACAAAACCUGCCUGGCUUCAUCCAGUAUAAGAAGAUUGAGACCAUAUCUCCAAAACAGCAUGAGGUGCACCCAUGCCGCCAUGAUGAAAACCCAUCCGUAAGUCUGAGAAGAGACAAGCUACAAACCAACUACAAAUUGCAGUCACUAAGGUAUUUGCUCUGUAUUAUUGCAGGUUCUCUUGGUCAGCUGAAUGUAUGUGGUCGGGCACCUUUAAACCCCCGUAUUGUGGGUGGAAAGAAUGCCAUUCCAGGUUCCUGGCCGUGGCAGGUUAGUUUACACAGAGGCUUUCAUUUCUGUGGAGGAUCCCUUAUUAACAAUAAAUGGGUUUUAACAGCAGCUCACUGCUUCGACGAUACAAACACUGAUGACCUGGUUGUUUACUUGGGAAGACAGACUCAGGACCAAUUAAAUCCCAACGAGCUCUCGAGGGGGGUUAUUGAAGUGAUCAAGCACCCCAAUUACAAUGACAUUACAAAGGACAACGACAUCACCCUGCUGCUCCUGGAUGCCCCUGUGGUCUUCACAGACUACAUCAGACCUGUGUGCCUUCCUUCUGAUCAGAGCGUUUUUACUGCUGGCACUAGAUGCUGGAUCACAGGCUGGGGAGACAUUGAAUCUGGGGUAUCUCUGCCUAAUCCAGGUGUGCUACAGCAAGCAGUAGUGCCUCUGGUUAGCAGAAAACUUUGUGAUGAAAAACUGGGAGUUGGAUCUAUUACCAGAAACAUGAUGUGUGCUGGCUAUUUGGAAGGCGGCAGGGACACCUGCCAGGGUGACUCUGGUGGUCCAAUGGUGACAAAAAUGGGUGCAACCUGGAUUCAGCCUGGGGUUACUAGCUGGGGUAUAGGUUGUGCCUGGAAAAACUAUCCUGGUGUGUAUACAAAUGUGGCCAGGUACCAGACCUGGAUCUCCAGCACAAUCAAACAAAACCUCCCUGGCUUUAUCCAGUUUUACUAG